AUGUCGUCCUUAGCACCCUUGAUGGGACGUUUGUCCCAAGUCUUUAGCGGUCGCCUCUGCCUCGUGUGCUCGACUCUCAUCAUCACGUUGGGGAGCCUUUUGACUUCAAUAGCUGGGACUUUCACCAUGUUCAUGGUCGGCCGAGUCGUUACUGGCGUCGGGGCUGCUGGAGUGCUCGUCGUCGGCAGUAUCAUCGUGAUACAGAUGGCCAGCGCCAAGAAGCGAGGUCUGUAUCUGGGACUCAUCAAUGCCGGAAUGACCAUUGGUGUUUCUCUGGGAGCCGUCAUCGCAGGUGCAUUGGAGCCCCGAAUAGGAUGGCAGCCCCUCUUCGGCUUACAGGCCCCCUUCAGCCUUUUGGCAGGUUUCGGUCUCUUGCUAGGCAUCCCUGCCAACUAUAUCAAAAACGACAACGAGUACAGCUCUCAUUCUGUCCCAAAGAAGCUCGCGCGGCUUGAUUACUCUGGCUGUCUCCUCCUCAUCGCCACUAUCCUCUUAUUCCUCCUUGGAUUAUCUGGACCGCGUGUGCUUGCGACACCUCUGAUUCUGUCCGGCAUUGCCCUCCCAAUCUUCGUUCUCAAUGAAGUUUACAUCGCCAAAGACCCGGUCAUCCCCGUCACCGUCCUCCGAUCACGUGGUACUCUGCUCACUUGCAUGGCCACCGUGGGCUUCAUGACGGCACGAUGGUGCAUAUUGUUCUACACGCCAGUGUAUGCGCUCGCUGUCCGAAAUUGGGACCCUGCUGUUGCGGGAUCUAUUUUAAUUCCAACAAAUGCGGGAUUCGCGUCGGGUGGGUUACUAGCGGGCUACUUCCAUAUCCGCCGCCAUGGGAGCUUCUACGUCCACACCCUCGUGUCCAUGUCACUAUUUCCACUCACUCUCCUUGCGCUGGCAUUUCUCUCUACAGCCAAUAGCUCGCCCGUGCUUUAUGUUGCAGUGGUGUUUUUCAACGGACUCCUCACGGGCGCCUCGUUGAACUACGCCUUUGUUCAUGUGCUCCAUUUGACCCUUCCUGAAGUCCACCCCAUUGUCAUAUCUCUCGUCGCCACCUUCCGCGGCUUUGCAGGCAGUUUUGGCUCAGCAAUUGGUGGUGGACUUUUCGGGCGCGUCCUACACAAGAGUCUAAAGAGGGGCUUCCGCAAGGCUGGACUCGAACAUGAGGGCGAGCUCAUCCGACGUUUGCUGGGAAGCCCAGCCAUGGUUGGGCGGUUAAAGGGCAAAGAACAGGAGGUCGCCAUACAUGCGUACGAGGAUGGGCUCAAGGCCCUCUUCCUCUCGGCUGUUGGGCUCGCGUUGAUUGUGGUUCUCUUCCAGGCUGGCACGGGAUGGACAGAGCCGGUUGGGAGUACAGAGCAGGAGGAUACCGUAGAAGAUGUUGAGGAGGGAGAAGAGAGCCUGUUGGGUGGAUCCUAA